AUGUCUGCGGUUCUUCGCUCGCGGCCGUUCCAAAAAGCCGUUCGCCUCUUCAAUUAUCAUUUCUUGCUGGAACAGCAGCCUGGCAACACUUUGGCCAACCUUGAUUUCAGCACAGAUAUCAAACGGACGCUUAAAAAAGCAACCCUGCGCCGCUGGACCGUUUACGAGAUUGUCAACUACUCGUUUUUGACGCUGGUGUUUCUUUUUGUCUAUGUCAUCUUCCCGGCAUCCUUCUUUCUCAAAACACCCAUCUUGUUGGCGCUUUUGACUGCUGUGUUGGUGCCGGUGACACUGCCAUUUUUCAUUCACGCCUUGCCGAUAUUCGCCUGGUUGGCCUUGUUUUUCAGUGCUUCCAAGAUUCCUCAUACGUGGAAACCGGCCAUUUCGGUGAAGUUUCUUCCGGCCAUGGAGACCAUUCUUUAUGGCGAUAACUUGUCGAACGUUUUGGCUGAGAUUAAUCAUCCUAUUUUGGACGUGUUGGCCUGGUUGCCUUAUGGCAUUAUCCAUUUCGCCUCGCCCUUCUUUGUCGCCUUGUUUGUGUUCCUCUUUGCUCCUCCAACCUCGUUACGUUCUUUUGGCUUUGCAUUUGGCUACAUGAACCUUUUGGGCGUCUUGUUCCAGCUCCUGUUCCCGGCUGCUCCUCCUUGGUAUAAGAACUUGCACGGCUUGGAGCCUGCCAACUAUGCUAUGGACGGUUCUCCCGGUGGCUUGGGCAGAGUCGACCAGCUCUUCCAUUUGGAUAUGUAUACUACUACGUUCCAGAACUCGCCCUUGGUUUUCGGUGCUAUUCCUUCUUUGCACUCGGGCUCCGCUGUCAUGGAUGUUUUGUUCCUCUCGUGGCUCUUCCCUAAGUAUAAGUACGUCUGGUGGGGCUACGCGUCUAUCUUGUGGUGGUCUACCAUGUACUUGACCCAUCAUUACUUUAUUGAUCUCAUCAUGGGUGCUGUCAUGUCGGUGAUGAUGUUUGCUUACGUCAAGUACACCACCUUGCCUGCUAUUGACUACUCCAAGUUCUGCAGAUGGUCAUACACUGCCAUUGAAUAUUACGACGUGAAGAUGAACGACCCAUUGGGCGCCUAUGCAUCUGUUCCAGCUGACCCUGAAAGCGCCGUUGGUCUGUCGCCAUAUGAAUACUUGAACCCACAGUAUAUUGGCAGCACCGAAUUUGAAAUGUCCACCAUCCCACGCUCCAGAGAAACCUCCAACAGCCUGUCUCGUUCACAACUCGCAUUAUCUCCUGAAGUCGAACAGACUGUUGAAGAUGGAGACACCGACAAGAGCACCAACUCGUCGAUCUUUGACGACGAGCGAUUCGAGGCUGGAACACACAUCAGUCAGGCCACUUCCAACACCUCGCUUAACGACAUGUCACUCCCCUCUACGUCAACACAGAAGAAGUCCUUGUUGCGUUAG